GAGUUCAUCCUGCUGCGUCCUGCCGCGCCGCGCCGCGCCGCGCCGCGCAAUGGCGAGAAGAUCUGCAACCGACCAACCGCCCACGAAACAAUCGGAAUAAAAAGGGAAAAAAAAAUGAAGUUUGAUCGAAGAAGGGGAACAAUAUUAGAAUCCGGAGGUGGCAAGCUGAGGGAUUAGAGGAGGAGAAAGAGUCAAGCAUGGAAAGAAUCGAGCAAAUCGAAUCCUACUCCUCCAUCAAAGGAGAAACAUCGCAGGAUGGCGGGUGGUGCUCUCUUUCUGAUUCUGUCCUGGUCAAUGCAAGCCGAGAAGGUCUAGAAACAAUCCCCUUUUCUCCCCAACCGCUCUUCCUUCCCCAUCCUCCCAUCUCUAUUUCUACCUUUCUCGUCUUUAUCGCCUCUUCUUUGCCAAUCAAUUCAAUUCCUUCUUCUUUGCUGCUUGUUUCUUUUUUUCUUGGCAAGCUGCAGGCACCUAACCAGCUGAUCCAGCCCGUAGGGGCAAUUGUUUCCUUUUUUCUUGGUCCUGUGGGUGGAGGUCAGGAUGACGGUGAAGGAGACGAGGAGGGUUGCCGAGGAGCCCUCGCCAUCCCCUUCGUGCGCCCCUUAUAGAGAUGAUGCUAGGAAAAGAGUUAGAUUCCAAUCGCUCUCGCAAGAUUAUACGGAGUUUCUUGAGGAAACUGAAGAAAAGAAGAGGAGAUUGCUGGAGGCAAGACUAAGGAAACGUAAACUCUUGGCUGAAGUCAGAUUUUUGAGAAGAAGACUUGAGACCUUAUUUGCAAACCCGUAUCAGCUAGUUAGAUUGAAGGAACCAUCAACUACAACUCCAGUGAUCAAACCUCCUACAGAAAAGAAACCCAAAGUAUUUGAAGCUGCACGUACAAGUAACUACAGUAUGGACAAUUUGCAUGUAAAUGCAUCUCGGUAUCAGUUUAAAAAGAUGCCUCAGAAAAAGCCAACCAAAUCUCUCUGUGUUGCACCAUCGGGUUUGUUCAUCCCAAAGGAAGUACCCCCUCAAAACAUGAUGACAAUGGAAGCUGCAAAUGCUAGCACUCCUGCAACUCUAGGUGCGAAUGAAGUAUCGUUUAAGUUGGAGCAGUAUCACAUGCAAAUGGACAGACUCAAUAGAGUGCCUAUGAUUGGAGGAGGCUCUAAUGAUAUGUUAGCGAUUUGUAGAGAUCUUGGAAACAACUCAAAGAAGACUGGUAAGAGAAAACUCUCAUGGCGAGACCCACUGGUGUUGAAGGCUUGAAGUCUUGAUGUGAAUUUUGUGGAUGACAAAGGUGUGUCUUCUGUACAUUUAAUUUGCAAGAGUCGACAUAAAAUAGAACUUUUCUCAGUUGCCAUUAGCUCAUGCAACUAUGCAAGAUGAGAUGGAGAGGACAUAUGUUUUACUGUCACUAUAUGGUUCGUCCAUGUUCAUCUAAAGAUAUCUCGCGAAGAAGCGAGUUUGCCUAUCUUUAAUCUAAAUGGUAGUUUCCAUUUGAAUUUUUUCAGUUUGAUUUAUAAAUGAAUUAUCUUCUGACACACGAUGUCACUGAGCAAGUGAUAGAUAUCUUGGCUUACCUCGGCCCAAGAAUGACAGAUAAAACAUUAAACAAACUUACAUUAUUCAAAAUCAGAAUUAAUUGUUUCGAAAUUGAGAAUUUAACAUAAUGCAUAGUAUAAAA